UUACUGGUGGACAGACACAGAAAGAGACGAAACGGGGGAACCUGAAAGAGGUGCAGUAUAUGGGGAUCGAAGUUUUUACACAUGGCCGUUUAUCACAACAUAAAAUUUCUUCAAAUUCGUUUUUCAGAUUCUUACAGACGUUAUUUACUUUAUUUAAUUGCAAAAUUUGAAACGUUUGUUUUUACAUUAGCUGGUUUAUAGCUAGUGAAUCUGAAGAAAGAUCGGCGACGGCUCGGAGUUUUACUCACACUUCAAAGCAAUUAAUGUGCUGAAUCAACGGCUGUUGCUGUAUAUGUAAAUACAGUAACAUUUGUAAACAAAAAUCAACGUUCGCAGUACUGUAUCUCUUAUGGGUGUUUUCAUUUUUUGUGGCGUGGCUGUGGCGACUAAAGGAGUUCAGAGGAAGGUCGUUGAAAAAGCUACCUCCACGUUUUCCUGCACGUAUCCAAAGGAGUUUCUGGGAUGUUUUCAUGUUUCUCGUCGCACGUCCUAAAAAGUGUUCUUUCUGUGAUACCGAGAAUACUUUGAAUAUUUUGAAGUGCAUGAAAUAUUGUUCUCAGCGACCUGUGGAUUACCUCAAGUAGCUAACGUUAGUUAGCUUCUUGGUUCGAUAGAAGUUCGGCGAAAUAACUGGAUUUUUGGAAAGAAGAGUGAAGUAUACAGAUUUUUGAUUAUUAUUUUAUGAUACAGGAAAAACUGUAUUUUUGGUGUUUUAUCAAAUUUACGAGCGGUGAUAAUUCCCCUCAAUUUCGACAUUGGAACCUUGUCUAUCGUGGAACGAAUCCUUGGCUAGUAGUACCUCCUUACUACUAGCUUAGCCAGCGGUGGGGGAUUUCGUUUUCUAGAUUCGGAAGACUUCUGUCAAUCAGAUGAAAGUGAACUGUCCCGUACAUUUGUGGAAAAUGAAGAUUAUUAUUCUUACACGUGUCACCAGAACCAAAGACCACGUUAUUUAGUGGUCAUUUUUUUUUUUAUAAAAGUAAGCAGAGUGGACGGCUACUUUCCAAUUUAUAUUAAGAUACAACCACGUUGGACCCCCCAGCCCCUGUUUAGGGGGGGCUAACUGGGCUAGCUAGUUUGCGCUUUUGUUUGUUUCUUGUCUUUUUGGAUACGUUUUAAUUGUAUAGUUUAUAUUGCAUUUCUUGAACACAUUUUAACAAACUUUGGAUACCUUCAGAACAACACCACAGUUUUGGAUAACUAAAAACACAAAAUCGAAGCCACAAUGCGGCGUGGGACCUCAGAGGUGGUUGUUUUGGUUACUUUUAUCUACAUUGUAUGCCAGAGUGGGCUAAAUGGAGAAAUCUGUCAAAGUAAAGACAUCCGUAACAACGUGACCAACCUCAAGCUGUUAGAGAACUGCACAGUAAUCGAGGGCCAUCUGAAGAUCCUUCUAAUGUUCAAGGCCAAGCCUGAGGACUUUAGGGGCCUCAGCUACCCCAAGCUGACCGUCAUCACCGACUUCCUACUCCUGUUCAGGGUCUACGGUCUAGAAUCCCUCAGCGACCUGUUCCCCAACCUGACGGUGAUCAGAGGCAACAACUUGUUCUUCAACUACGCCCUGGUUCUGUUUGAGAUGGUGGAUCUGAAGGAGCUGGGGCUUCACAGCCUCAUGAACAUCACUCGGGGAGCUGUGAGGGUGGAGAAGAACCCAGAUCUCUGCUACCUCUCCACCCUGGACUGGUCCAAGAUCCUGGACACGGUGGAGGACAACUACAUCGUGGCCAAUAAGAACGACCGGGAGUGUGGGGACGUAUGUCCGGGCACUGCUCAGGGGAAGACAAUCUGCCCUCAGACUACCAUCAAUGGACACUUUGGAGAGCGCUGCUGGAAUCAGAACCACUGCCAAAGAAUGUGUCCCUCCUCCUGCAAGCACCGGGCCUGUACCCCGCAUGGCCACUGCUGCCACGACCAGUGCCUGGGAGGCUGCUGGGAAGCCGGCAAUGCCAGUAGCUGCGUGGCCUGCCAGAACCUCCGGCACAAGGACACCUGUGUGGAGAAGUGUCCCCGCGGAUACUACACCUUCAAGGGCUGGCGGUGCAUCUCUCACUCGUUCUGCCAGGACCUCCACAACCAGUGCAAGAGCGGGAAGGGCAGCGACUGCCACGAGUAUGUCAUCCACAACGGGGCGUGCAUCGCAGAGUGCCCCUCGGGAUACACUACUAUCAACUCGACCACGUUGAACUGUUCUCCAUGUGCAGGCUUGUGUCCUAAAAUGUGUACGGGGGUGAAGACUGUGGACUCGGUCACAGCAGCCCAGGCCCUGAGAGGAUGCACUGUUCUCAACGGCAGCCUGAUCAUCAAGAUCCGCGGAGGCAACAACAUAGCAGCAGAGCUGGAGGCUAACCUGGGUCAGCUGGAGGAGAUUACAGGCUAUCUGACCAUCAAGAGAGCCUAUGCCCUUGUUUCCCUCUCUUUCCUCCGCAAGCUGCACCUCAUCCGAGGAGAAACCCUGACCCAAGAGGGGAACUACUCAUUCUUCGCAUUGGACAACCAGAACCUUCGUCAGCUGUGGGACUGGAACAAACACAACCUGACCAUCCUCCAGGGCCGCAUGUUGUUCCUUCACAACUCCAAACUGUGCAUGUCUGAGAUCCGCAAGAUGGAGGAAGUGACAGGAACCAAGGGAAGAGACAUCAAGAAUGAAAUCGUCGGCAGGACCAAUGGAGACCAGGCGUCCUGUGAAUCCCAGGUUUUGAAAUUCACCACGAUGCGCACACAGUCAGACAAGAUCCUCAUCAAGUGGGAAGCCUUCUGGCCGCCAGACUUUAGAGACCUAUUAGGCUUCAUGGUCCUCUACAAAGAGGCGCCUUAUAAGAACGUGACCGAGUUUGACGGCCAGGACGCGUGUGGCUCUAACAGCUGGGUGAUAGCUGAUGUAGACCCUCCUCCCCGGGCCUCAGAUGGGAAAGAGCAGGUGGAGCCUGGCUACCUCAUCCAUACGUUAAAGCCCUAUACCCAGUACGCCAUCAUGGUCAAGACCCAGCUCUCUGCCUCGGAUGAACACCAGGUCCUCGGGGCCAAGAGUGAGAUAAUCUACCUGAGCACCAAUGCCACCAAGCCUUCAGUACCACUGGACCCCAUCUCCUCAUCGAAUUCAUCGUCUCAGAUCAUCCUGAAGUGGAAACCCCCCACGGACCCCAACGGAAACAUCACUCACUACCUGGUGUACUGUCAGAAGCAGCCAGAGGACAGUGACCUCUACAAGUUUGACUACUGUCAGAAAGGAAUGAAAUUACCUUUGCGGGCUCCAACCCACCUGGAUACUGAAGAGGAGCAAAAGUGGAACCAGACCGACGAGUCCGGGCCGGGGAGUCGUUGUUGCGCCUGCCCCAAAACAGACAUCCAACUGAAGAAGGAGGCAGAGGAGUCGGAAUACCGCAAGACCUUUGAGAACUACAUCCACAACGAGGUGUUUGAGAUCAGAACCACACCUGCUGUAACCAACUACUCUGACUAUAGACCAUCUCGUCGGCGCCGCUCAUUGGGUGUGGCCAACUCCACCCUGCUGCCCUUCCUGACCACUACCCCCACCCUCCCGAACACGUCCGCCACGCCCAUCGCCGAGGGCGACGGGGCUGAGGGCUCCAAGGUGACGCAGGUGGUGUACGCCAAGGAGUCGACGGUCAUCUCAGGCCUGCAGCACUUCACCAGUUACCAGAUAGAGAUCCACGCCUGCAACCACCCCACGGAUUCCCAGCGCUGCAGCAUGGCCACCUACGUCAGUGCCCGCACCUUGCCCGAAGAGAAGGCUGAUGACAUUGUGGGCCUGGUGACCCAUGAUGUGAUGACAGAGCACCCAGACUCAGUCCUCAUCAAGUGGCAGGAGCCCGUUGCCCCCAACGGCUUGAUCAUCCUGUACGAGGUCAACUACAAGAGGAUCGGAGACAUUGACGAGCUGCACCAUUGCGUGUCCAGGAAGACAUACGUCCAGACUGGUGGCUGCAGGCUGAGAGUGGUGCAUCCUGGGAACUACACAGUAAGGAUCCGUGCCACCUCACUGUCAGGAAACGGCUCCUGGACUGAACCCACCUUCUUCUAUAUGCCUGACAAAGACAACAAUUCACUGAAAAUCAUAAUCGGCCCAGUCAUCUGCUUUAUCCUGCUGCUGGUCGUAGGAAGUGCUGUCUUCCUGUUUUUGAAAAAGAAACAAACUGAGGGGCCCACGGGUCCUCUGAUCGCCUCAUCCAACCCAGAGUAUCUGAGUGCCAACGACGUGUACGUGCCGGAUGACUGGGAGGUGGCGAGGGAGAAGAUCACCAUCCUGAAGGAGCUGGGUCAGGGCUCGUUCGGCAUGGUCUACGAGGGCGUCGCCAAAGACAUCGUGAAGGGCGAGCCGGACACGCGCGUGGCGGUGAAGACCGUUAACGAGUCGGCCAGUUUGAGAGAAAGGAUAGAGUUCCUCAACGAGGCUUCUGUCAUGAAGGCCUUCAGCUGCCACCAUGUGGUACGUCUGCUGGGGGUGGUGUCUAAAGGCCAGCCAACUCUGGUGGUGAUGGAGCUGAUGACCCACGGUGAUCUGAAGAGCUUCUUGCGAUGCCUCCGGCCAGAUUCUGAGAACAACCCCACUGGAAAGCCCCCUCCGACACUGAAGGAGAUGAUUCAGAUGGCGGGAGAAAUAGCAGACGGAAUGGCCUACCUCAACGCCAAAAAGUUUGUUCACAGAGAUCUGGCUGCCAGGAACUGCAUGGUGGCUGAGGACAACACGGUCAAGAUUGGAGACUUUGGCAUGACCAGAGACAUCUAUGAGACCGACUACUACAGGAAGGGAGGGAAAGGUCUGCUUCCUGUCAGAUGGAUGGCUCCAGAGUCUCUAAAGGACGGAGUGUUUACCGCCCAUUCAGACUGCUGGUCAUUUGGCGUGGUGUUGUGGGAGAUCAGCACCCUAGCAGAGCAGCCAUACCAGGGGCUGUCCAACGAACAGGUCCUUAAAUUUGUCAUGGAUGGAGGAUACCUGGACAGACCAGAGAACUGUGCUGAGAGGAUCCACAACCUGAUGACGAUGUGCUGGCAGUACAACCCCAAGAUGCGUCCCACCUUUCAAGAGAUCAUUGAGAUGUUAAAGGAUGACCUUCAUCCCAGCUUCCAGGAGGUCUCCUUCUUCUACAGCGAGGAGAACAAAAUCCCGGAGACAGAGGACUUUGACUUGGACCUGGAGAACAUGGAGAGCAUCCCCCUGGACCCGUCGUCCUACUCCCAGAGAGAGGACAGAGACAGUCUGUCCAGAGACAAUGGACCCAGCCAGUGCCUAAGGGGCAAUUACGAGGAACACAUGCCCUACACACACAUGAACGGGGGCAAGAAAAAUGGACGAAUCCUAUCGUUGCCCAGAUCCAGCCCUUCCUAACAAUUCCUAAUGUUUUCCCCUCCUCCUAAUCCCCAAUGCCUUAUACGCACCCCCCCCCCUCGUAUCUUUUCAAUUUAUUGCUCUUGCAGAAAGCCCUUCAAAAAAACAGAUCUCAGGACUUUUCUUCCUCACAGCUGCCAAGCAUGGCAGCACACAGGAUGCAAAUGUUUUGGUACAUGUUGAGAAAUUUUUCAGAAUCAUCUUCUACAACUUUCUGCUAUCUUUAUUUUGUUUUGACUAUUGCCAAGUUUCCAGGUUAAUGAGGAAAAGUAUAAAAAAACACACAAAAAAAAACUGUGAACACAGCUUAAACAACCAGACGGCUGCUUAUGCUCCAAACCUCUCUCUUUCCCUCCCUCUGUCAUUCUUUCUUUCUGUCUCUCUAAGAUGUCCCUUAUCUUCUCCAUUAUUCUAUUUUGUUCUGUUUUUCAAGUGAAAACUUUUUUUCAGAUAGUGGCCUUUUUAUAUGUGGCCUGUAAACAAAGAGAAGCAUCUAUCAAUGCGUGUAUUCAUUUCUGUUGAACAGUGACUUAACAGUUUGGAACCGUGGGGUGGCAUGGACUCUAUCCUAGAACAAAUGUCUAUUCGUUGAGGAAUACCUUUUUUU